CGCCGAGCGGUUAUCAGUUUAGACUCUCACAGUAGUUCUGUGUUUAUAAUCAAUAACGAUGCUUUUAUCACUUCUCUAUGUCAUAUUUCUCUCUUUUACAUCAGUAAUUAGUCAGUAUGUUCCUCCGUACACCGAAGACUGUCGGUCGGACAUGUACCCACCCAGCGGACCAACAUUUAAAGGCCAAGUCAAAGUGUACACCGUCAAUCUGGAUCUGCCCCCAAGAAAAAGAUGGUCAGAGGUUAUCACAGAAAAAAAGAAUGAUCUCGUGAGUAUGAUCCAGUCCAUCAAAGACCUAGCAGACGCGUUGGUUCCCAGCGGGAAGCUCGUAGAUCUCGUCGACAGAGUUUUGCCCAUGAUGAUUGAUACAUUACCCUACCCUUUCAACGAGGAGAUUAAAGGAAUUGCAGACGCUUCUGGAGUUCCUUUGGGGGAGGUCAUUCUCUUCAACAUUUUCUACGAGGUUUUUACCGUGUGCACCUCAAUAGUCGCUGAAGAUCCUGAUGGAAACCUUGUGCACGCCCGGAACCUGGACUUUGGACUUUUUAUGGGGUGGGAAGUGAAGAACCAUUCGUGGAUCAUCACAGAGAAGCUGAAACCGCUGGUGGUGAGCGUGGAUUUCCAGAGAAACAACCAGACUGUGUUCAAAUCCACAAACUUCGCCGGUUACGUGGGCAUGCUGACCGGAAUCAGACCUCAUUUGUUCACCCUCACCAUGAAUGAGCGAUUCAGUCUGGACGGAGGUUACAUCGGAAUUCUGGAGUGGAUCUUGGGGAAGAGGGAUGGCAUGUGGAUGAGCUUCCUGACUCGCUCUGUCCUAGAGAACGCCACCAGCUACACUGAAGCUAAGAAGCUGCUGUCAGACACCAAGCUGUUAGCUCCUGCCUACUUCAUUCUGGGAGGUAACCAGAGCGGAGAAGCGUGCAUCAUCACCCGCUCCAGAACACACAGUAUUCACCCAUUAGAGUUGGACAUAAAGAGUGGUCGUUGGUAUGUGUUGGAGACAAAUUAUGAUCACUGGAAGGAGCCUCUGUUUCUUGAUGAUCGCAGAACUCCAGCCAUGAAGUGCAUGAACCAGACUGCACAGGCCAAUAUCUCUGUGAAGACGAUCUACAAUGUCUUGUCCACCAAACCCGUCCUAAACAAGUUGACUACCUACACUACACUGAUGGAGGUCUCGAAGGGAACGCUGGAGUCAUUCAUUCGUGAUUGUCCUAACCCCUGCAUGCCGUGGUAAAGGGCCACUUGCUCACCAGUUUCUCAAGAACAUUCCUCUACAGGAAGACUGUUUAAAUUCCAAACUUUACACUGAUCAUCAUUUUGUAUUAAUAAUUCAUAAUUCAGUUCAGUUAAUUUAGCUGAAGCGAUUUACCUGAAACUCCUGUUUGUGCUCUGUGCUUUAUGUUAAUGAUGAGAAGCAGAAAGAUUAUGAACUGUCUUAUUUUUUUGAUUGUUUUUUAAUGGAUUUUGUUACUUUUCUUCUAUUGGUUUGAUUUAAAAUGCUAUGCUGAACUACAGUUAUAUAAUUCAUUAUUUUUAUGAGGUGGUUAAUAAUAAUAAUAAUAAUGAUGAUGGCACUGUUUCACUUUAAGUGCUCAGUCGUAGGUCUGUCUGCAAUCUCUAACAAACAACGCCUGAGGAAACUGUUUAAUAUUGGAUCAUAAAACAAGCAAAUCAAGCCUAGUCUUCAAAAUUUAUGCUGUAGAAAUAGCCUUACUGUUUGAUUUAGUUCUUUUGAAAGCGUGUUUCAAUGCACUGGUGUACAAUAUUUCUUAUUGCUAACUGUAAAUCAGGUUUUCUCCUUAAUCACCAAAAAGAGUUGUUCUAAAAUAAUAACAUGAGAAUCAUUUAUCACGAGGUGACGCGCAUGUUUAGGUUAAGUGGAAGAAGUAGAGAAAUGGCUGCAGAUUUUCUCAGGUAGAAAACAAAAGCAGAAACUGAUGGAAUUCAUUUCCAAAUGCAUGUGCCUUUACUACAGAAAAUAGAAAACACAUUUUAAUAAUCAGUAAAAGUGCUGCUAAGUUAUUUUGUUGUCAAACGUGACGAGUACAUGACAGAGCCUGGGGGGCACACCGUCUAAUACACCAACCUGACUGAGUUUUAAAGGUGGCGCAGUGGGAUAUUUCUCUAGCACACCAGCACCGAGAAUCUGAACUCCUUGGUUUGAAACCUGGUGUUGCCACCGGUCUGCUGGGCGCCAUCGGGCGGGCAUAAUUGGCGGUGCCUGCAGAAGAUACUAAUUGACCACCGUAUCUGCUAGGGUGGGACGACCGGACUGUGUGUGGGUGGGAUCUUCAUACGCUCUGUAAGAACCCUGAUUGGUGGAAGAGACGCCUGUGCAGAAUUCAGGUACACGUGUCAGAAAGAGGCGUGGGCAACCACGUGCUCUCCUCGGAUGCAAUCAGGUAUCCCUCAGCAGUGAAGACAAAUUGACUGUGCUAAAUCGAGAGGAAAAUGGGGGCAGAAAAUGCAUUAAAAAAUUAUUUAAAAAAAAAACACAUUCGGUUGGGUCUGAGGUAGGAAAAAAAAAUCUAUAUCAACUCCUACUGUUGCUCCACCUCCUUUUGUACAAUAGGAUCAUUUAGCACAGGACGGAGCUGAUAUCUGUGGGUAGGUCGACAGUACCCGAGUGCCAGUCUCAUAUUAAUAAUUCACAUUGUAAAUGUAUGUAGCAAGUGCAGUUUCUCAUAUUACUACUCCAAUAUUAAAACUCUGUUCAAGUUUCAUGCUGCAUUCAGCAAUUGCCGGUUAGCAAUCUUAUUGGUACAGACUGUGGUUAACUUUAACAUUCACAACAUUCUGCAGAUGUGAGGAAUGAAUUUGUGAAUUGUGUUUGUGUCGUUACUUGACAGGAUUGUAACUUCUGAUUACUGUUUCUAAACACACUAGUGGUGAAUGUGUACAAAUCUCUUGUAUGAAUCUCUUGUAUGAAUCUCUUGUAUGAAUCUGUGAAUGCUGACCUAAAAACUGUAAAACUGGAUGCUUUUGAAUUUAUUUUAAUAAAAAUAUUUGAACUUGAA